UUGUAAACAAUUUAUAGACAUCUAACUAUUUUGUAAUUUUAUCUGUAAUUUAACAGUUUGUUUAUUAAUUGUUUUUUCGUAACAAUGAAUUACAGAUAUUCAAUUUUAUGUUUUCAAACUUUCUACGUAAACAAAUUUGUUAACACAUGUCAUUUAAAAAUCUUAUAUAAAGUGCAAUUUGUUAAAACGUUUCGUAUUGGUCCUAGAAACCAUUUCAGCGCUAAUUUAUCGUACGAUCUCAACUAUAGAAGACUAAAUAUGCAUUCUGUAAAAUUAUCAUCUGGUCAUGAUAUGCCUACUGUAGGUUUAGGGACAUGGCAGGCUAAACCUGAAGAAAUUGAAGCUGCUGUUGCGACUGCUUUGGAGUGUGGUUACAGACAUAUUGAUACUGCAUUUAAUUAUAAUAACGAAGAAGCGAUUGGAAAAAGCUUAAAAAAUUGGUUUGACAAAGGUGGUAAACGUGAAGAACUUUUUGUUACGUCAAAGUUACCCCAUUAUGGAAAUCGACCAUCAGAUGUUGAAAAGUUUCUUAAAUUAUCAUUAGAACGUCUUGGUUUGGAUUAUUUGGAUAUGUAUCUGAUCCACAUGCCAUUUGCCUUUGUAUUAGAUAAAAAUGCAUAUGCUCCUGCAGCUUUAGAUGAUGGUAGUUAUAUACUUGACCUAGACACGGAUCCAGUUUCUGUAUGGAAGGAAAUGGAGAAACAAGUAGCGAAAGGACGUGUUAAAUCUAUAGGUUUAAGUAAUUUUAAUGAAGCACAAAUAUUAGAAGUAUAUAAAAAUGCACAAAUAAAACCCGCCAACUUGCAGGUUGAAUUGCAUGCAUACCAUCAACAGAAACCGAUAAGAGAAUUUUGUCAAAAGCACAAUAUUAUUGUAACAGCUUACAGCCCAUUAGCGUCACCUGGAGCUAAAUUCCAUUUUCAAACAAAAUAUAAUUAUAGUCCAGAAAAAUUUCCCAAUCUUCUUGGACAUCCUGUUGUACUUGAAAUAGCUAAUAAAUAUAAAAAAACAACAGCACAAGUAUUACUACGACAUCUGGUACAACAAGGAAUUAUAGUUAUUCCAAAAAGUUCUUCACAAGACAGAAUCAAAUCAAAUAUCAACAUUUUUGAUUUCGUUUUGAUAGAAGAAGAUAUGAAUACUUUAAAUGCUUUAGACAAAGAUACAGAUGGCCGAAUAUUCAAUUUUCUUUUUUUUAAAGGGGUUGAAAAGCACCCACUUUAUCCAUUUAAAAAUGAAUUGACACCAUGAGCAAGAGAUUUGCUCUUGUUACAUAAUUUAAAAAUACAGAAUUAUAUAUAAAAAAUAAAACAAUAAAUUGUAUGGAGAACUGAACAAAAUGCACAAAAAUAAUUAUAAAAUGAAAGCUUUUCUUAUAUUUUAAUAUAACCUGUACAACAUUUUUCGUUGCAUCCGAUGUUGAAGCUCUCCACGACGAAUCAUUAUGUCUUGGCAUUUCACCCUGUGGAAUAUGUUCUGGUAGUUCUUGUAAUUUUAAAACUUGGAAAUCAACACAUUUACAUUUAUCUGGCAUUAUAAAAAAUGGAUCCAACGGACAUUUUGGUCUACCAGCCUGUUCUCUAAAAAAUAAUGUUUAUGUUAUUUGAGGUUAUUUUCAAUUGAAAUAAAAAUAGAAGACAAUAUUUUGUGUUGUAGAAUACAUA